GGGCGCAUCCACCGGACAGUCCCGAUCCUCGGUCCCCGCGGAGAUCACGUGGCCCAGUCCAUCCCGGUCCCCGGUAGUACCCGGAAUCUGCCGUAUACACAGGUGACCCGCACCCGGUCAGGAGGAGGUGAUGGGCGGCUCGGGCUGUAGGGGGCGCCCCCGCCAUAACACGUGGCUCAGGUGACGCAGGAGGCUGAUCCCGGGGACACCGACACCUGGAGCGGGUGCCACGAUGCAGGAGGAGACCCUGCGUCCCGGCCGCUCCUGUCAGCUGACUCUCCUCAGGUGACAUCAUUUUGGUGACUUCUCUCCGGGCCACAGACAUGAAUGGCAGAAUCCGCCAUGCUCCCCUGAACGGAAAUAUGACAGAGAGCAGCAAUAUCACCGACCUGUUCCAUGAGGACGCCCAGGUCUCCCAGUUGCAGUCGCAGCCAUGGUGGAAAAUUCAGCUCUUUGUUUGGGAGCCGGUUCUGUUUGGUACCUGGGACGGUGUUUUCACCUCAUGUAUGAUCAAUAUAUUUGGCGUGGUGUUAUUUCUCCGUACCGGCUGGCUCGUGGGUAACACCGGGGUCCUCCUGGGGAUAUUUCUGGUGUCCGCCGUCAUCCUCGUGGCUCUGGUUACUGUCUUAUCUGGUAUCGGAGUGUGUGAGAGAUGCAGCAUAGGCAGCGGCGGCGUCUACUCCAUGAUUUCUACCGUUCUGGGGGGCAAAGUUGGGGGUACGGUUGGCCUUCUAUAUAUAUUCGGCCAGUGUGUUGCAGGCGCCAUGUACAUCACCGGCUUCGCAGAAUCCAUCUCUGACCUCCUGCACCUGCAGAGCACCUGGGUGGUGCGGGGCAUCUCGCUGACCGUGCUGGUGGGGCUGCUGGGCAUUAAUCUGGCUGGAGUGAAGUGGAUCAUCCGGCUGCAGCUCCUUCUCCUCCUCUUACUCGCCGUCUCUACCCUGGACUUCAUCAUCGGCUCCUUCUCCCACCUGGAUCCAGAUCAUGGAUUUGUGGGAUACUCGGAUGAAUUACUUUAUAAUAACACGUUUCCAGAUUAUACCCCCGGAGAAAGCUUCUUCUCUGUGUUCGGGGUGUUUUUCCCAGCUGCAACAGGUGUCAUGGCGGGCUUCAACAUGAGCGGGGACCUGCGCCGGCCCUCUGUUAAUAUUCCUGUCGGCUCAUUGGCUGCAAUCGCCAUCUCGUGGUUCCUUUAUAUUGUCUUCGUCUUCUUACUCGGCGCCAUUUGUUCCAGGGAAUUUCUACGCUACGAAUUUAUGAUCGCCGAAAAGGUGUCUCUGGUGGGCUUCCUCUUCCUGCUGGGUCUCUACAUCUCCUCGUUGGCCUCCUGCAUGGGGGGUCUGUAUGGUGCUCCCAGAAUCCUUCAGUGCAUUGCACAGGAGAAGGUCAUCCCCAUCCUAUCAUUUCUGGGCCACGGGAGAGGUCCUAACAAGACUCCGGUGGCUGCCAUCUUUCUUACCGGACUCCUCACAAUGGCCUUUGUCUUCAUCGGCCAAGUGAACAUCUUGGCCCCCAUCGUCACCAUAAACUUUAUGCUGACGUACAGCGCCGUGGACUAUUCCUACUUCUCGGUGACCAUGAGUUACGAACUACAACACUUGCGGAGAAAGGUUGGCAGAUCCACCUCCAGGACACCAGGGUCUUUACAGCCCCUUAUCCUGGAUAAGUUCACCAGUUAUGGCUCAAAUGGGACCCUGCUGGAAUUCACCAAAGACAUGGACCAGAUCUUCAAGCCUGGUCACGUGGACACGCUGGACAGCACCAAGAUCCAGGACAAAGAGCAGAAAAAGUUUAUGAAGCUGAAGAAAUCGCGGAAACCGGCUAAGGAGACCCUGCAGGACAGCUUCCAACUGGACCAGGAGCCAGAGAGGAGGAUGAGCGCUGAUGUCGUGGUGACCUCCACCGAACCGGAGAGCAGGGCAACCGCUGACAUAGAGGCAACCUCUAUCCUACCAGAGAACGGCUUUAGCCAAGGCCAGACACACACUGAUCAAGAGCAAGUGGAACACAGUGACGACACAGAGGAUGUGGAGCGGACAGGAGACCAGGAGCAGCUUGUCCCUGAAGACCAUGCACCUGAGACCGACGCUAAGGAUGAGUCGAAUGCAAAACAGAAAGUUCCAGAGUUUGAGAUCCAGAGUUUGUCAAGCGCCUUCUACAGUAAACUAUGUAACCACUGGGUGUCAUUUAUAGGGGCCAUCGUCUCCAUCGUUAUCAUGUUCGUCAUCCAGUGGAUCUACGCUCUGGCAAAUAUCGGCGUGGCGGUUCUAUUAUACUUUUAUAUUGGCCGGGUGAGCCCAGGGCUGAAUCCAGGAGCUGCUGCCAACUUCAGCUUCUUCGCCUGGAUCCGUCUAUUGGCCACAACACUGUUCAGGAAGAAGCCCUCCCAGGAGCAGUUUGUGGUGACCCCGACCUUCGCUCAUGUUGGUAUGGAAACCACGCAAUUAACGGAGGAGAACGCAGACUUUGCCUCUCGCGGGCGCUUCCACCAUUCCUCUGUUAUCAGCCAGGGGCAGUUUAUUAACCAGUUCAACUAGAGUCUGGCCCCAGGGACUGGACGUUGUGAUGGUUGCGGUGCCAUUGAAGUGUCAUCAGGCGAAAGUAUCCGUAACUGCUGCUCAUAGUGACUACUUACUCUACGUCUGUGUUAUGAAGGAGUACUGCGGCUCUGCCAUGUGGAUGUCAGGUUCCCUCCAACACUUGAGGGGAGUACACGGUUUACUGGGACGUUAAAUGGUAUAACUGGUUGGGCUGUGUUAUGAAGGCUGUGGCUCCACCACAUGGAUGUCAGGCGCCCUCCAACACUUGAGGGGGGUACACUGUUUACUGGGACUCUGUAUGGAGUUACUGCCCAGGCUGUCAUUGAAGAAUUGAGGUCAAAUAAAUGAUUGAACCCAA